AAAAACAACGAACGGAGCGACAAAAAUCCCUAGAAAAAUCUCCCGAGCCAGCACCACAUCCAGCUCGCAGCCAUGGCUUCCCAGCGAGGCGGCGUCGUCAUCACGGUCCCCGUCCUCGUGCUCUCCGUCCUCGGCGCCGCCGUCUUCCUCUUCUUCCUCUUCUUCUCCCUCUCCUCCUGCUCCUGCCCCGCCGCCUCGACCCCCGCCGGCGCCGCCUCCUCCGCCGCCGCCGGCGCCGUGCCCGGGCACGGCGAGGGCGGCGGCGGUGCUAGGGGCGGGAUCAAGACGACGGAGGCGGAUAUAGAGUGGGUGCGGGAUCAGAUCCGGGCCAACGGGUUGCAUAUGCAGGACAACGUGCUCCGCAAGGGGAUCAACCCUCGCACCAGGGCUCAGCAGCUCGAAGAUCUUAACCAAUUCAAGGGCAUAUCCCAUUACGAAGAGCCAGAUGCAAGCAACCAUACUGCCCUUCCUUGUCCUGGGGAGCUUCUCGUCGAAGAGCAUCAUAGCUACUAUGGUGAGCCUUGGGCUGGGGGUCGCGAUGUGUUUGAAUUUCUCGCGGAGGCUGUGCACCUUAAACCUGGCUCACGUGUUCUUGAGAUUGGAUGUGGGACGCUCCGAGUUGGCUUGCAUUUCAUUAGUUACUUAGAUCCUGAUCACUUUCACUGCCUAGAGAGGGAUGAGCUUUCUUUAAUGGCCGCAUUCAGAUACGAGCUUCCGUCACGUGGUCUGUUGCAUAAACGCCCUUUGAUUGUGCGGGGCGAGGAUAUGGACUUCACCAAGUUUGGUUCUGGAAGUACAUAUGAUCUGAUAUAUGCUAGUGCUGUGUUCCUGCACGUGCCUGAUAAGCUUGUAUGGGUUGGACUGGAGAGAUUGGUGGGCAAGUUGAAACCUCACGAAGGACGCAUAUUUGUUUCACACAACGUAAAAUUCUGCUCACGAUUGGGAGGUGAGGAGUGUACAAAGAGGCUCACAAGCUUAGGGCUUGAGUAUGUUGGCAAGCACACGCAUGACAGCUUGCUCUUUAACCACUAUGAGAUUUGGUUUGAAUUCAAAAGGUUUAAGGCUUAGAAUAUUGGGACUGUAGAACAUUCGAAGCAAGAAUGAAGCCUGCAGCAUCCACCCAUUUUUGCAGGGUAUUGCUGUAUUGCUCUUUGACAGAUCCUGGGAGAGGCUUCACCAUCCGGCGGACGAUGUACAAAUGCUAGAUCGGAAGUAAACAGCUUUUGCAGCUUGACAGUUGAGGGGUUUGUACCAUAAAUUUGAUCGUGAUUUGUAGUUUCAAUUUUUUGGGUCUUUCUCUCUGAUCGUUGAUGUUACACUUGAAGAAAGUCAAUGGAAUUUGUCGGGUCAUAAUAUGUAUCAGAUGCUGGUUUAUCAUUUCAUUGAUCUGCCACACAUGUAUGCUGUCCAGCUAUGAACUCUUUAGAAUCCCCAUGUGCUGUAGUUUCUGUCUCAUGCGAAAUGAGUUACUGAAUUCUGCUUUGUAGUUUCAAUUCUGUCUUCUUAUUCCGACUCUUGAUAUCACAGUGGAAGUUGAUAGAGUUUAUGAAGAUGAAUGAGAUGCAGAUUUUGCCAUUUAUAUA